GAGCUUUCGCGCCUCAAACAAGUUUUUCCCUCGUUGACGCUGCAGUUUCAUUCAUGGCGACCCUGUUACCGCCUCCGAAACGACAGAAGAUCUAUCACGGUAUCCCAGAGCCAGAGCCAGAACCGCUGAAGCCAUCGCCGAGCGUCAUCGUGCAGUUCGUCUCGGAGGAGGAUGGAAAACCGCUUGCGCCCGCGGUCAACCUGCCUGCUAACGUCUCGAGGGAAGGGCUGGAAGCAUUGGUCAACAAGCUGAGUAUGAAGGACGAGGACCCUGUGCCGUUCUCAUUCCAUAUAGCCCUUCCGACCGAUGAGACUACAGUGGGGGCUCCUACGCGGAUAGCGAUAUCAAAGUCUAUUGAGGAAGAUGUGUUGGCCCAUCCAUCGCAAGCUUUCACUCCAGAAGAUGUCUUCGUUGUUCGCUGUUCCCCGCAGGCUGUAUUCAAAGUACGACCUGCUACAAGAUGCUCCUCGACACUGGCCGGCCAUACGUCCCCGAUCCUCUGCGCCUCUUUUUCGCCGACUGGCAAUCUCCUCGCUACCGGCUCGGGCGACUGCAACGCUCGGCUUUGGGAUUUGUUCACAGAGACACCAUCACAUGUACUAUCGGGUCAUAAAGGCUGGGUUCUAUGCGUUGAGUGGGAAGCGAUGGAGAGGAAGCUGGCUACAGGAGGACAUGACGGACAUGUUCGGCUAUGGGAUCCAAAAGCGGGGAAGCCGAUAGGUGACGCUCUGAAGGGCCACACAAAGUGGAUCACCUCACUAUCUUGGGAGCCAAUUCAUCUAAACCCUUCUGCUCCACGACUUGCUUCUUCGUCAAAAGAUGGAACCGUCCGCGUCUGGUCGACUUCAACCCGCCGCUGUGAAUACGCUCUCGGCGGGCACACAGCGAGUGUGAACGUUGUCCGAUGGGGAGGCGGGGGCUUGGAUGGGAAGGGUGUACUGUAUACUGCUUCGAGUGAUAGAACAAUACGGGUAUGGGAUGCGGAACGGGGAAGGCCCCUCCACACGUUGAAGGAUCAUGCUCACUGGGUCACUACGCUGACUUUGAACACGGAUUUCGUGCUCCGGACUGGUCCAUUUGAUCACAUCGGCAAGAAGCCAGCUUCAGAUAGCGAAGCACAAAAGCUUGCGCUUGCGCGAUACAACAAACUCGUCUCCUCCAAUGGCGAGACACUGAUCUCAGGGUCCGACGAUCACACGCUCUUCUUUUGGUCAUUAUUUCCAUCGCGGAUGGGCUCCGGAGCCGCAACGGAUGCAGCCGCCGAGCGUGGGGGCAAGCUCAAGCCAAUUGCGCGGCUCACUGGACACCAGCGACAGGUUUUACACGUCGCAUUCAGUCCGGAUGGGAGGUGGGCUGCGAGCGCGGCUUGGGAUAAUAGCGUGCGCCUGUGGGAUGGGCGGACGGGGAAGUUCGUGGCGACGCUGCGAGGGCAUAUCGGUGCGGUUUAUCGGUUGACGUGGAGUGCGGACUCGCGGAUGCUUGUGAGCGCGAGCAAGGACAGCACGGUGAAGAUCUGGGACCUGAAGACGUACAAGCUGAAGACCGACCUGCCUGGGCACACGGAUGAGGUCUACUGCGUGGACUUUGUUGCAGACAAGAUUGUCAGCGGCGGAAGGGAUCGUACUGUCAAGAUCUGGAAGAAUUGAUGGGACUCGCUCGGAUAUUCGAGGAUACUGUGCAGUAUACCAUGGGAUUAGCCAACUGCCCUGUGGCAUGCGUAGUAUAUUUCGCAUCUGGUGUCGCUACAGCCUAUUCAUGAUUUGCAUAUAUGCGCCAGGCCUUCCCUAGUUUCCCUCUACCCGUUGCUGCCAUCUUUAAUUGGGCCGUCACCAGGGCGAAAAUUAUCGCCCGAUGCUCAUUUUGCAUUACCUAACAGCGAGCUUUUAAGACGCAUCGCGCUUGCACGUCAUAGUGGACGCGUACCACGUGAUCGCGUUUUCUCUGAAACUUGACGCCGUCGUGCACGGGCCCACUGGCGUCUUUCCCACUUUCUUUUUAUGCCACCCUCUCCUCC